AUGGAGGUUUGCUCAUAUAAGACAAGCAAUGAAUCUUUUCAAUAUCAAGAUCCGACGAUAGUUUCCUCCGUAAAUAAUUUAUAUAUAUACAUAUAUAUAAUUGGCGCGGAGCAUUUCGGCAGCAGUCCAGGUGUUUAUGCCAUCUACUUGGUACAGCAUAAGGAGACAGACAUUAUCAAAGAUAUUCGAAAGAUUCUAGCAAAAAUGUUUUCGCUCCAUAUUAUCGACGUAAUAGUUAUAACGCUUAACAUCCAAGGUGAAGGCUUUUCGGUAUAUUCUUUCGAGGUUUUUAGCGAAAAACACUGUCGCAAUGUGAAACCAGUUGUGGUAAACCAUUUUAUUGCUGGACAUUUCAACGAAUCUGACCUAUUUCCAAACAAAUUAAAAAAUUUUCACAAUUGUCCUAUACGGGUUAUAUCAAAAAAUGUGCCGCCAUUUUUUUCACAUCAGAAACAAAACGCUGACGGUCCCAUUAUAUUCAAGGGCGUGGAAGCUAAACUAUUGGAGACAAUCGCUGAACAUUUGCAAUUUCGAAUAGAAUCAUAUAUAGCGGAAUCUUGUACGAACGGUGAUGUUUACCUAAAUGGCACCAUGACAGGUCCAUAUUAUCUAUUGGAUAAUAAUGAAGUUGACAUACUAAUGGGAUACUUUUUCUGCACUGCACAACGUGUUCUCUUUUUUGAGGAGAGUUUUUCGUAUUUUUCUUCUGCCAUGGUUGUCAUUGUGAAGCACCAUGCACCCAAACCAAAUCUUAUCUGGAUGCUUGAUCCUUUUAAACUGAAUACAUGGUUAGCUCUACUGACAAUGACUACAGCCGCAUCUAUUCUCAUGUAUGUUGCACGUCUACGUUAUCACCACGGCAAUUGGUUAGACAUUAUUGGCAGCAUAUUCGGAGAGCCACGCGUUGUAUUAACAACAAAUAAUUUGACUCGCUUGUGUAUUGCACUUUGGUAUAGCAGUUUAGUGAUCCUAAGCAGCGUUUACCAAGCUAAAUUAUUUGACUCAUAUAACCAACCGGAACCCAAUGUGCCGCGCACCUUAAAUGACUUACAGGAGAAUAACUUUACGUUCUUAGUGCGGAAGCAUGCGGACAUGAAAAACUGGCUGCCUGACCUUAAAUGGCCUCAAAGUCGUGUACGGUUUAUCAAUUCGUCGGAACACAAUCUUGUAUUUGAGAAAUUAAAAGAUUCUACCGGCAAUGUGGCUACUUUAAGUACUGUUGCGCAAAUUCAAUACUUUGAACACAAACACGAAUUGCGGAAUGCUUUUGACCAAGUUCCCGAAACUGUACGGCUAUGCGAGAUUUGUGCAUACUUUCAGCAUCAUUCGUAUUUAGUCAAACCUUUCAACAAUGCCAUAUUGAUGAUACGUAGUAGUGGACUUAUUUCGAGGUGGUACGGAAAAGAUAUUGCUGGUGCAAGCGGAAUGUGGAAUACGCAACCUAAAAGCACUCCCAAGCAACUGGAUAUGGAAAAAUUUACAAUGGUUUUUUUUCUAUUCACAUGCGGACAAUUGCUGGCUUUUAUUGUAUUCAUUCUGGAAAUGAUAAGUGGCAAAGUCAAAUGUCAAAAAUAA